UGGGGUAAUUCACAAGUGCAUAACCUGGGCCCUUUUAAGUCUCGUUGAUAGAGCAACAGGACCCCAAGCGGCUAAGGGUUUCCCUUGACAUUGCUUUGCAGUGAUUUCUCCUCAACUUCUUCAUUACCAAACUUGGAAGAUGAUUGACGACCAGGACUUGGGCUUCUUUGCCAAUUUUCUUGGCAUCUUUAUAUUUGUGCUGGUGAUUGCUUAUCAUUAUGUGAUGGCUGACCCAAAAUACGAGGGCAACUGAUGUGCUUCUUUUGGUUUCCAUCUGUGCUACGAAGUUGAUAUUUUCCUUUUUGUUCUAGUUAUGACUUAUGAGGAUGGGAUAUAUAUUUGAUGUAGCAAGACUUUUCCUGUUACAGUGAAUUUAGUCUUUCUGAUUAUUCAUAAAUAAUAUUGGAAGACAGAACUUUGUUUUGGAAUUUAACUUGUUAUUUAUUUAUAUCAAAUUUUUACAAAUUUA